UUCUAAUCAUCCCUCUACCUUCAACAUUUCCAGUAUAUUUCUCAAUUUAUUUGUCAUCAUCUUUCCAUGGCCACCUUCAUUUUCUGGUCUAACAAAAUGGUCCAUGCCUUGACCUGGUUUUGUCUCAUGCUAAUGAUUCAUAAGGGUGCUGCCUAUGAGUUCAUAGUUGGUGGCCAAAAAGGUUGGAGUGUUCAAGGUGACACCAGUUUCAAUCCUUUCAAUCAAUGGGCUGAAAAGAGCCGUUUUCAAGUAGGAGACUCCCUAGUGUUCAACUACCAAACUGGCCAAGACUCAGUGUUUUAUGUAAAGAGUGAAGACUAUGCAAGUUGCAACACUGCUUCACCUUAUGCAGAAUUCUCUGGUGGUCACACAGUUUUCAAACUCAACCAAUCAGGCCCUCAUUUCUUCAUCAGUGGAAACAAAGACAACUGUGUCAAAAAUGAGAAAAUAAAAAUCAUUGUUUUGUCUGACAGAAGCAAAAGCAACAGUGGUGGUUCAUCAAACACUAACCAAACAAACAAUGCUUCUCCACCUUCACCACAAUCAUCAUCAUCACCAGCUCCUUCUAAGCCAGAUGGUCAAUCUCCAUCUCCAUCUAGUGAUCAUUGUCAUCCUAUUCGUAAUGCCGCUUCUUCAGUCUUUGUCAGCUUUGCUGGUUCUGUGGGAACAUUCAUGGCUUCGGUUCUAAUUUUAUCUAAGUAUGUUUAGGUGGUUGAGUAUUGAUUGAAUGAUUUAUUUUUUUAUUUUGUUUUCGGUUUGAUUUCCCAUUUUUUGAGUUCAGUUUCAAUUAUGGCUUUGGUUCAUUGAGAUGUUGUUUGAUAUUUGUUUGUGAAGAUUGAGAAAUAAGUUGGCAAUAGUUUAUAUACACUUUCGUGUGCUUCUUGCUCAAUAAUGUAAAAAUAUUGUAAUGUUAAAUGAAAUGAAUUUAACCUAUUUUUUUAA